UAUGGUUAAUAUUUUAUUAUAUGCAUUCAACUGCUUGGUAGAUUUAGAAAUAUUAAGGAUUUUAUACUAGAAAAUAUAUUCUAUAGAUUAAUAGCAAUAUUAUAAAUUAAGCUCCCUUAUGCUUCAGGUAUUAUAUUAAAUCACAGAACACAGAAAGCGUGUCAACGUUUUGGGAACAAGACAGGCGCAGUUUACGUCCAGAGUUUACUCUCUCUCCUUUGGGAAAGUGUUCAAGCAAUAAACACAAAAUAAAUAUUCUAUUUUGUGCAGUAACCGACGCGUCUGUGUUUUUAUUAGUUCCUUUUAAAGUCUAUUGCGUUUCUAUGAUUUUUUGGUUACUCUGCAGUUGGUUUUCUUCGGCGGGGUCGCAUCUUAAUUCCGUGCGUUCACCAACGUUUGUGGAGUGCCAGAAUGAAUUAGAAAAGGCAAAGUGCCACAAUCUUUCAUUAUAACAUGUCAUGCUUACAUUCAUAACACUUGGCGAAGGAAAGGAACCGAUCGAAUUGCGCAAAUUUGUGAUUCAUUAGAUACAGGAAACUGUCACCUCUUUAAAUGAAAGAAGAUAUAGAGCACUAUACUGCAAGAAAACCUGCAAGAAACUACUGUUUAAUUAUAAUUUUAAUAUUACUAGAUGUCUCCGAAAAUAAAUCUUCAUACAUUAUAAAAGAAGUUCUUGCAUAAAUCAAGCUGCUAUGAAGGUCGCUACUGAAUAAUGAAGCACUUGGACCACACCUACGUCGCUGCACUUGAGUGAUUGCCAGUGCAGGCAGCAGGAAGGGGGCAACGCCAUCUAGUGGUGGUGCGUGCAGGCGUGGAGGCAGUGCAGGCAGGCUGUGUCGUGUCGUGCGCGCGGCGCACUCACAAUAUGCGCGCGCGGCGGAGGGCGGCGCAGGCAGCACUAGCAGGCAGGCGGGGACCAACGUCAGUCACCGAUGACGGCGCCGCGCGUACGGUGUUCCUGCGCGUCUACUGAUGCUUUGUGUCCAUUCGAGGAAGGCAGCGCGUAACACAUCACCAGAAUGUGACUAAACGAGUGUACGUCCCCGACCACUACCCUGCACACUGGACGCAACGAACUGUUAUCACUUUCUAAUACCUACGUAUUUAAUUUUCCGCGUGUGUCUUGUUACAAACUCACGCAACAAAACGUGUGUGUGUAUAAAUAAAUAAUAAUUUUAUAGUGCGCCGAGCCGUACUCGUCAUGACUAUAUCGUACGCUGGUGAGGUUCCAAACGGCAGCAGUUUCGGUUGUUUCUGGAGGAUCUUGUUGAAAUGGCGAGGCAGCGUGUACAAGUUAGUGUGGCGCGAGCUGCUGGCCUACCUCACACUGUACUACACCAUCAACUUGCUGUACCGGUUCGGCUUGUCAGAAGAACACCAGAGGAUAUUCGAAAAAGUUCGCCAAUACUUCGGCGCGCAGAGCGAGUCGAUACCGAUGUCGUUCGUGCUCGGCUUCUACGUGAGCUUAGUGGUGAAGCGCUGGUGGGAGCAGUACAAGCUGCUGCCCUGGCCCGACACGCUGGCGCUCUUCAUCUCAGCCGGCAUUCCAGGAGCGGACGAGACGGGACGGCUGAUGCGGCGCAAUAUCGUGCGGUACAUGAUCCUGGCAUACGUGAUCACGUUGCAGCGGGUGUCGCUGCGAGUCAAGCGCCGCUUCCCAACGUGGCAGCAUGUCGUCGACUCAGGUUUGAUGCUGGAAAGCGAGCGGAAGGUGUUCGAGAAGAUGGACGGCAAGAGUCCCAUGUCAAAGUACUGGAUGCCGCUGGUAUGGGCAACGAACAUCAUCAACCGCGCGCGCAAGGAGGGCCUCAUAUCCAGCGACCACAUCGUGCAGACGUUGCUGGUUGAGUUGUCCGACAUCCGUCGGCGGCUCGGUGCGCUCAUAGGUUACGACACUGUGUGCGUCCCGCUCGUCUAUACACAGGUGGUGACGCUCGCACUGUACACGUAUUUCGUGGCGGCACUCAUGGGCCGGCAGCUGGUGCCCGCCGCGCCCGGCUCCACCUCCAAGUACGAACCCGAUGUCUACUUCCCGCUCUUCACUGCGCUACAGUUCUGCUUCUACGUGGGUUGGCUGAAGGUGGCCGAGGUGCUCAUCAACCCGUUCGGAGAGGACGAUGAUGACAUAGAACUUAACUGGCUCAUCGACAGGCACAUCAAGGCAGCGUACAUGAUCGUCGAUGAGAUGCACGAAGAGCACCCCGAGUUACUGAAGGACCAGUACUGGGAGGAGGUGGUGCCCAAAGACUUGCCAUACACCGUCGCCUCGGAGCACUACAGGCGGCACGAGCCCGCCUGUUCUGCGGACCAUUACAAGGUGAAGGCCGAAGACGCCGUGUACGCGAACGUGCAGGCCCCGAGGAAGAGCCACGAUGAAACCUACGCGGAUUAUGAGAGUGUAGAUACACCAUUGGUAGAACGACGCAAAAACUGGUUUCAGAGACAGAUAUCAAGAAUGGGGUCGGUUCGGUCCGCUUCGACGGCGUACUCGUCGGGGGGCCUGUUCGGGCGCGGCCGGCGCGCGUCGGCGGUUUACUCGAGCCCGGAGGCUGGGGCACCGCCCUCACAACACCCCCACAAGAUGUCGCUGUACGACCGCCUCGUGGGCCGCAAGUCGGGGCGCCACCAGCACCGACAGAACUCACGGCACGGUGGGGGUAAAAGCAACGGCGUGGCAGUGCCUAUAACGCUACGCAACAGGCCACGGAUACCGACGCCCGAUGUGGCUAAAGAAGCGGUAUUGGAGCGCGAUCGGCUCGCAAUGGGCAUGCAGAACAUGGGCGUUAUCAUGGCGCAGGGAUACCAGAGCGAGGUGCCCGUUCUUGGGGCGCUGGUGCUAUCGCCGAUACAGGAGCUAGACAGCGGCUCCGUGAACAAUACCCUGCACGCGGGCCAGCCGGGUACGGCGGCACUGGCGCAGGCGGUACUAGCGCCGUCGGUGCUGGGCGGCGGCUCGCCUGUGACCUUGUCACCCGCGACGCUCGCGCGCGCCGCGUCCUCGGCGCCGGGCACGCCGCGCGCCCUCCACGCGCCUGCCACACCGCCGACGCCCCGCGCGGACCGCUCCACCGCCGUCGCCGUCGACGAGAAUGACUCGCCGCGACCGCCAGACCCCUCCAAGCGGGGCGAGGUCUACGUCUAACGCGUACACAUGCGAGGGCGGACUGACCGUUCACCACUGCGAGGUGUGGCUAGCAACAAAUCUCUCCAGUAAAACCAUAGACAGAAGGAACUUGCGCAGUAGAUGCUUUUCUUAUGCGCGCAGCAUUACCGCGGUCGCACGCGACAAGUUCGAUCGUGAAUAGAUUGGUCGUAGAACGGACUGAACGACCAAGGUCACGUCACCGGUCCGUUGAAAUACUUAUCGAACCGUGAUUCGAUCAACUGUCUGUUCGACUGUUUCAACGAGAAUGCCCCACCUUAACGCGUACUCAUGGAGGACGGAUUGUCCGUUCACCACUGCGAAGUGUAGCUAGCGACAAAUCUCUUCAGUUCAAUUCUUUCUUUCAAUCUUCAAUUCUUCAAUCAAUUGGCUUAUGUACCUAAAAUUGCGACUGCGCAAGCUUCUUUAUUUAUGGUUUAUGCUGUAGAUGUUUGUUAGGGUAUUUAUAACCCGUCCGUUUCUAGGGAGUUGUCAAUUUCAUGUGUGUGUCGCUCAGUCCAUUCUCUAUGUUUAUGGUGUAAACGAACUGUAUUGUGCCGACGAAUGACGCUAUAUACCCAAGCCCGUACUCUUGAAAUGGAUGUAUCCUGAACAUCGUCAUGUCGUGGCCUAUCUACUCUAAAGAACUAUGUAAGUUAGGAUAGGAUGGACGACGAAAAAGUUCAAACUUUAAGAGAACAGGCGUUGUAUAGGAAGGGUUUGAUUGCUACAGCAACACACCCCUUCAGAGCAGUCUACGUGUUAAGGAACUGUGUUGUGCCAAGGAAUGACGCGAGAGCUAUCCACUCACGGAAGUAUCCAUCAGAGUUUUAUUCGACGAGUGGAGACAUCUGCGGUUAGAGGGGCGAAACGCAGCAGUCUAUAUGUGAAGGAACUGUGUUGUGCCAAGGAAUGAC